UCCAGUGUCGGCGGCUCUCGCCCGCUGCUGACUACACAAUCCAACAUGGAGUAACGAGAGAUGGGGCUCCUCUUCGAGACCAGCGCGCAGGAGACGCGAGGCGAGAAACCAUCGAUAUAGCCACCAGGAUGUUGCAGAACGCGAGGAUUAACCAGAUGCACUGCAAACCCUGACGGAUAAAGUGCAGUGCGCGGAGAAAGAACGAGAAUAAGGAACGCGGAGACGGAUUUGAGGGAAACUCGUUGAUGCACUGGACUUUAAAAAAAAGGCGAGGUGGAAAAUAGAGACGACAUGAAGCCAGAACGCUGCGCGCCCGCGGUGGGAUAUUAUUUCUAUUGUAGGUGAAACGUGGGGAAACAUGACUGAGGAAUCGCACCCAGACGAUGACAGUUACAUAGUGCGAGUGAAAGCUGUGGUGAUGACGAGGGAUGAGUCUAGCGGGGGCUGGCUGGCUCAGGAGGGCGGUGGUCUCAGUCGAGUGGGUGUCUGUAAGGUGGUCCCAGACCUAGAGCUCCUGGGACGCAACGGCUUUCUCAUCUUUGGAGAGCGAGUCCGAGACAAGCAGGUGAUCCUGCAGUGCUUUCUGAAGAAGGAUCUGGUGUACACUAAAGCCACGCCCACUUUCCAUCACUGGCGAGUGGACAACAGGAAGUGUGGCCUGUCUUUCCAGAGCCCCGCUGACGCCCGAGCGUUCGAUCGCGGCGUGAGGAAGGCCAUCGAGGACCUCACAGAGGGCUCCACGACUUCAUCCUCCACGCUGCAGAAUGAAGCCGAACUGGGUGAUGAUGAUGUUUUCACGAAUGCCACAGACAGCUCUUCUAACUCUUCUCAGAAGAGAGAGACGUCCAUGCAGACGCUCGCACCAAUCAGCUUCUCCGAGCCCCACCAUUGCAUUCUGGGACAUCUCUACGACCAACACAGACACUCUGACCGAUUCUACCUGGAACAGACGGUGCCCAUGUUCCCGUGUCCCCGUCAUGUAAGGUUUCACGAGGAGGAGGACGAGGAGAUCGUCCGGAUUAACCCACGCGAGCGCUCUUGGUUAACGGGCUACGAGGACUAUCGGCACGCCACCACAGCGACGCGAGCCAAACCUCUGCGCACGGACGCCACGGACGCUUACGUUCACCUCGCUAAGAGCGAACCUCCCAAACACGACUACACUUAUUCGUACCCACUCAGCGGGGACGGACACACGCCACGCAACGGCAAGACGGGCAUCGGCGGCGGUGUGGUCACAGGUCAGCCGCGGGUGCUUAAUGCUAAAUGGCUGCCACGACGCGUGGAGGACAGCAGAGAGCGCUUACGGUGUGUGUACUGUCAAAACAUGUUCAGUCCGGCCGAAAACAGACGCGGGCGCUGCCAGGAAGCUCCAGACCCCGUGCAGACGUGCAUUCACCGGGUGAGCUUCAUGUGGUGCGCGGACAGCCUGCUAUAUCAUUGCAUGUCGGACCCCGAGGGUGACUAUUCGGACCCGUGCUCCUGCGACGCCAGCGAAGAGCGCUUCUGCCUGCGCUGGCUAGCUCUCCUGGGACUGUCGCUGCUCGCGCCCUGCAUGUGCUGCUACGCCCCGCUGCGAGCGUGCUACCACUGCGGCGUCGCGUGCCACUGCUGCGGCGGGAAGCACAAGGCCUCGGGGUGAGCGGAGAAAAACACGAGCACACCUGCCGCUGGGAAGAACGAACUUAUGGCUGCAUCUGUGUUUCUCAUCGUUGUUGUUUUUUUCUCCUUCCCUCCUGAAUUUCAGAGGGUUGCUCCAUAUUUUUGUUUAAUUUUCUCAAUUCAAUUGUACUGGACCGCUGUCCUGGUUUGUAUUUUUCUUUGUUUUUAAAAGAGUAACCCUCAGCUUCCAUUUAAAAGACUACACGAUAAAUAUCCAUUUAUAUAUGAAAAGGUAUAUAUAAAUAUAUGUAGAUAUAAAUAUAUAAAUCCAGGUACUUUAUAUUUUUAUGCUCAUGUGCUUUGAAGGUUUGAGUUGUAAUCUUCCUUCCGUCUCGUCUGUGUUUCAAUGUUUGUUUGAUUUGAUUUUCCUCCCCCCGUCAGCCUUUCGUUAAGUCUCUCCAGUCAGAGGCGUCUCUUCUACUGUGAUCCACUCCGUCUAGAUAAGACAAACCCAGAGGAAUCCAAAAUAGCUGACCUGUAGGAAGGUGUGUGUGUGUCUGUGUCUGUGUCUGUGUCUGUGUGUGUGUGUGUCUGUGUGUGUGUGUGUUGGGUCAGAACGGGUGUUGGAAAUGUUAUUUUGCCAAAUUGCCAAUAUUUAGUCACUGUGUGGAAAAUUGCAAACACAUUGGUGCCCAAAUAUAAAGUAGGUGUGUGGGUGAAUCUCAUGUGACGGUCAUAUUUUACCCCAAAAUCUAAAGAAAAUGGGCCUUAUUUUGCCUAUUUUAGGACUUUAGCGUUGUGGCAUUAUUUCAGUUUCAUUACAGUGUAAAAAUGUCAAAAUCAGAUGCUACUUGUAAAUUUCACAAAUUCAAUUAAAGUGAAAUUUUUAAGUUGUAAGACUAAAAUAAUAUUUUCUUUGUACUUUCUCCAAUAAACUUUUUGUAUAACUUUGAAAAAUAAUUUACAGUGCAAAAAAUCAUUAAAAUAUUACUGAAACAGUAUUUUUUUAAAAAUAUCCCAGUAGAGUAAGUUGUUGCAUUGCUUGAUUAUCGUGAAAAAAUGUCACAGUGCAAACUGUUCCCAGUUUCUCAUUUUGGGGUGCGAUAUGAGCUGAACAUGUUCUUAAAAGGUGAUGUAUGUGCCUGUUCUCUGUGUUUUGAAAACCAGCCUCAAAAUCGAUGUACCCCUCCUACGGGACGAAAAACAAGAUGUCUUUUUUCUCCGCCUUUGUCUUAAGCACAACACAAACUAGUAAAACUAACAAACAAGAAAAAAAACAACCAUCUGAACACUGUGCAAAGUUGUUUGUUAUGUACUCAAAAUAUAACUCCAAUCGCUGGCCAAUCAGCAUCAUCCUUCAAAACAACAUCCAGCCAAUCAGUGGACUGUGACAGCGUUGUCAUUACGACUGUGAUCCAGAUGUUUUCUGUCCUAUUUGUCUGUCUCUCUGGUGUCUGUCCUUCUUCUCCCCAUCUCCCCGUGAAAAGCUUUUGCAGUAGUACUAUCUGACGCGUGACUAAAGAGGAGCAUUUUAUUUUUUUACUGGUGUCCAGGAGAGCGACUUCUCUGUCUGUCUGAUGCUCCUGAACAAUCUGAGAUUAAAAGAAAGUGCCUGAGUCAGCCAGUGCGUCUCUCACCCCUUCUGUCCACCCUGAAAUGUUACGGUCACACUCUCGCGACUCUCGUCUUUUACUCACAUCUGGAACAUUUCUGUGACAAAGAGUGAAACCUGAUCACAAGCAGGUGUGACACGAGUCAAGAUCAUUUGUUGUUGAGUGCAACAGUAGGCUUUCAGAAGUAAAAACUGGGUUGUUUUUCUCAUUAGAGAUACUAAUAUUUAGUAACAUCAUAAAAUGUUUUGCAAGCUCAGAAACUGUUAAAUGUUGGUAUGUAAUGUCACAAAUCUCAAAUG